AUGCCGGUUACAACAGCAAUGGCAUGUGUUGUACUGCUGGCCAGCCAAGUUGCGGCGCUGAUGGAGUCAAAGCCUCCGGUGACGCUGCCUAAGAACGGGCAGUUGGACCCUUUCAGCUAUUCCAUGUACUUGGAUGACACGACGGAGGACUCGCACCGUCUGCACCUGCCGCAUCUUCGCGCCCCGGCUGGUCUGCACCUGCCACAUCUUCGUGGCCCUUCUGCCGACAGGUUGCAGAAGGUCGCCAAGGCUGCGCCUGUGGUGGCGCUGGUGCUCAAUGAGAUCCCUGCGGUCCGAGAGCAGCUGUCGGACUGGCUCGGACGCGACGUGCCUGCGGCCAGCGGCGUCGCCAGUAAUGUCAUCCGCUUCGGCGUGAGCGAGGCUCGGCGCCUGGGCGACAACGUGUUGGAGACUGUCCGCCAGCCCGUGCAAGCAGUGAGCAGGAAAGUCGGCGCCGUGGCGAAGGAGUUGGAGAAAGACUUGGACGAGACCGUGCCGGUCCUGGCCGAGCACAAGGCGGAGGAGCUAAUCCACCACAAGCCAAAAGCUCCGCGCCGCUUCAGUCCGUGGCUGGUGGGCACGCUUUGGUUCGAUUUCGACGGUUGUCCACGUCUUCGCAGUUGUCUUGCUCUGAACCAUGCAUUGCAGAUUCCAGCUGCGAUCCCAAGCCGGGAGAGCGUGCUACAGAGGGCACCUUCUCAGUCUGCACUGACCCCCGUCAAAGUUCACAAAGUGGAGUUCCAGCGAGUGGGGCUCGGUGACGGAGCGGAGUGGGACUCGCCGGAUGAGCAGGAGCAGGAGGCCGAGCCACCUCAGGCACGGCACGCCCAGGACAUGCGGAGAAUGCCCAGCUUCAGCAAGAUGAACUCAAACACAGAAUACUACCAGAUCGGCGGUCAUCAGGACUCGCAGAGUCCAUCUCCCCGCAAGCUUCAAAGCGACCGCGUCUUGGGUGCAUGA